AUGGCUUCGAUUUUGGGCGUUUCCCGACACCACAAAUGCCCCCACCGCACCUCGAACCUGGGCAAAGCCGAACGGCGUGGUGCCUGCGUUUUCAGCGUCAUGUCCAAGUCGCCCCGCGGUCUUGACGAAGCUCACCGUGUCGCCUUUUGGCUCAGUAGCGAAGGCCAAGCUUCAUCAACGAACAUGGCUCCGGCUGCUGCAACACCACAAAGCCUCGGCUGUGACGUCCGUGCCUCCUGCUGCUUCUAA